GGCACACGGCGUCCCUGACCCCGGCCUGCAGUGACAUGGACCCCGAGGGGACACUGGCGGCGGGUGACAGCACGGGGAGGGCUCUGCCAGCGGCGCAGGUGAACAGCGACCCCGGGAAGCCCCCCCAGGACACGCCGCCCUCGGCCGCGCUCUUCGGGCCCCCCCUGGAGUCGGCGUUGGAGGCAGAGGAAUUCCCGGCCCCCCGCUCCUACGUCCUCACCUCGUCCUCGUCGCCCUUCUCCUCCUCGUCCCCGGAGAACGUGGAGGACUCGGGGCUGGAUUCGCCCUCGCACCCCGCGCCCGGCCCCUCCCCGGACUCCCGGCCCUGGACCCCGCAGCCGGGCACGCCGCAGAGCCCCGGCCCCAAAGCGGAGCCGCCCCCCGCCAGCACCGCCUGGGCCCCGCGGCCCCGCAGCCCCUCCGGCCGCCUCCCCGAGCCCCCCAACUUCGCCGUUUUCAGCGGCCCCGGCGCCGAGGGGCUCUGGGGGGACGCGGGGGUCGCGCCCCGGGGUCGCAGCCGCUGCCUCAGCGGCCCCGCCCCACGAGAAGCGCCCUCGCCGGACCCCUUUGGGGACCCCCCGGCUUGGGGCAGACCCCGAAGUCCCGGAGGGGAGCAGCCCCCCCUGACGCGUCCUUCCUCCAACUCGGCCUCAUCGUCCUCCUCCUCGCCGGCCCCCCCGAGCGGGGGGGAGUCCUCCAGCCCCUCUCCCUGGGGCUGCCAAGGGCCGGGGACCAGGCUGAGCGAGGGGGGCACGGCCGGGACCCCCCCGCUGCAGUCGGAGCCGGACUCGGUGCCCGCCUGGCCCAGCGCUGCCCCCCGGGACGUUCCUCUCGUGGCCCCCCCGCGCCGCUCCCGCACCAAGCGGCCGCCGGCCGGGCCGGCCGCGGGCAGCAACAGCGACCUGUCGCGCUCGCUGAGCCCCUCGCCCUCCUGGAGCUGCGGCCCCUCGCACUCGGCUCCCGCCAGCCUGGGCGAGCGCGGCUUCUUCUCCGUGGCCCCGCCGGCUCUCGGGCUGUCUCGCGGUCCCAGCCCGGUGGUGCUGGGCUCGCAGGACGCGCUGCCCGUGGCCACCGCCUUCACCGAGUACGUGCACGCUUAUUUCAAGGGGCGCGACGCCGACAGCUGCCUGGUGAAGGUGACCGGGGAGCUGACCAUGUCCUUCCCCGCCGGCAUCGUGCGAGUGUUCGGCGGCCCCGCGGCCCCGCCCGUGCUCAGCUUCCGCCUGCUCAACGCCGGAGCCAUCGAGCAGUUCCUGCCCAACGCCGAGCUGCUCUACAGCGACCCCUCCCAGAGCGACCCCAGCACCAAGGACUUCUGGCUGAACAUGGCAGCGCUGACCGGGCACCUGCAGAAACAGGCGGAGCAGAGCCCGGCCGCCUCCUACUACAACGUGGCGCUGCUCAAGUACCAGUUCUCGCGGCUGGGCCCCGGCUCGGCGCCGCUGCGGCUCUGCGUGCGCUGGGACUGCGCGCCCGGGGCCACGCGGGUCAGCGUGGAGUACGGCUACAACGCGGCCGCCCUGGCACUGCCCGUGCCCCUGGGCAACGUGCACGUCCUGCUGCCCGUGGAGGAGCCCCUGACCAACCUGCGGCUGCAGCCCGCGGCCAGCUGGAACCUGGAGGAGAAGCGGCUGCUCUGGAAGCUGCUGGACAUCCCCGGCGCCCCGGGCCAGGGAGGCUGUGGGCGGCUCUCGGCCAGCUGGGAGCCGCUGGGGGGUCCCAGUAAGCCCAGUCCCGUGGCUGCCCAGUUCAGCAGCGAGGGCAGCACGCUGUCGGGGGUGGAGGUGGAGCUGGCGGGCGCCGGGUACCGCAUGUCGCUGGUCAAGAAGAGGUUUGCCACAGGGAUUUACCUGGCGGGGUCCUGAGCGGCUCCCGGACCCCCCCCAGGCCCCCCCCGCGGUUGUGUGAAUUGGAAAAACACUGGAUGGAGGCGGGCUGGGGAGGGGGCGCCUCCUCCUCUUCCUCCCUUUCCUCCUCCUCCUCCUCCUGUCCCCGCCCUGUCGCUGUCCCCGCGUCGUCUCCUGCUCCCCCCCGCCGCCCUCCCCUGUGCUGUGAAGGGAGCAGGAGCUGCUCUUUUAUUAAACACUUUAUUUUCUAAUAAA